AUGGCACCCGUGCGUGCCAUGGGAGUGACUCCCUGGAUUUUGGGAGUUGCAGAAGUUGCAACAAAGCCAGGAGAUGUUGAUGCUCCAAUUGGCAUACCUGCCUUGCUGAGCCCCGGGAACAAGGCAGCCGAAAAGAUCUUCGAGAGGGACGCACGCUCGGGACGCAAGCGCUAA